AUGGCAGUCCUUGGGACUUGGCGACAGUGCAUUUGCCAAAACGUCGGGGGCUUCGACACGGCGAUCGACAGCCUGCUACACCUGGCUCAUGCCAUCUUGGAAUGUGAGGCUGCUUCGCGUGCCCAUCUUCUCCGGGGUCCUCCAGGCUCUGGCAAGAGCCACCUUGCAGAAGAGUUCGCCGCCGUAGCAGGAGCACCUGGUGUGAUAGAAGGCACGGCACAUGUUCUGGAUGCUGGAUUUGCCAUCUCUCAAAGGCAUGCUGGGGCCAAAGCAUUUCAAGCGAGGUUAAGACUUGCAACGGAUCAUGCUCAAGAGCGGAAAGCAAGGGCCAGUCUAUGCCCUUCUUCAGCUACGCUUGAGGUCUUAAUCUUGGAAGGGGCUGAGACUUUGGAGGAAAAAGAUGAGUCGGAGUUGAGGGAGAUCAUUGACCUGCGACAAGUUGUUGCGGACAUGCUGCUCUGGGAAUUGCAACUUUGGCAUGAGAGGUCGUUGCCCAUUCUAUUGCUUGUCCCGUGGACAUCCUUUGAAUCGGAGCCCUCCCAAAUUUCGGGGCGUGGUGCUGUGGAAGGGAGCAUAACUUUGCCCAUACCAUUGGGCUUGAAGCAACGACAUGAGGUGCUUCAGGUAUGCUCGCGUCAUUUGAAUCUUGAUGCCAAGAGCCCGGACAUUCUGACAUGGCUGGCCAAGUCAACUGGUGGCUUCCUGCCCUGUGACCUGGUUGCGCUAUGUCGCUCUGCUGCCUUGGCAGCAGUUCCCUCUGCUCAGAACGGCACCGUGCAGGUGCUUAGGGAACAUUUUGAGAAAGCUCGAGCAUUUAUGGAUCCCACUCCAAUGCGCGGAGUUUCUGCUGCACGGAGACAAUCACAAAAUUUUAAGGCAUUUGAUGAUGCGAGAGGUUUCGACGCCGUGGUGGGACAGGACGAAGCUGUUUCUUCUCUGCGUGCACUGGUUGUGAAGCCCUUCAAUUCAUGGCAGCAUGCUGGUCCUGAUCCCGAACCGAACCACGGGUUACUGGAGCCACCUUGCGCCGUGUUGAUCAGUGGGAGCCCUGGCAGCGGCAAGACCUUUGUUGCAUCGCAACUCGCCAUGGAACUUGGGCUUCAUUUCUUUGCCGCAUCACCAGCAGACCUCCUGGCAUCUCGCGUGGGGGAUGCCGAAAAACGUGUCGCAUCGCUCUUCUCUUCGGCAAGACAUUGUGCACCCAGCACUUUGCUUCUAGAGGAUCUUGACACGCUGCUACCUCAGGUAGAUGAUCCCUUUGAUCUAGAGGGACUCGGAAGGGACGCUUCCGCUUCAGAGACCGCCAUUGCCUACACACUUCGAAGUGAGCUGGAUAUCAUUCAGACUCGGAGGAGUGAGUACCGAGAGUUUCUUGCAGGGAAAGCUGUAGCCAGUCCUCUUGCAGCGGAAGCUUUGGUUCUAACAAUUGGCACCACAAGUGCUCCAGACAAGGUGGUAUCCUGGCUACUUGUGCCCCAUCGCUUUUCUAUGCACAUCAGACUGAAGCCAAGAUUGAGUGAAGAGGAGAUGCUGGAGCUCCUCUGCCGCAAUGCCAAAGGGCUCGCCCAAACAUCAGCGCUCAAAGCUAGCGCAGAGGAGCUUUGCAAGGUGGGUGGUUCUCCGGCAGAUGCUGCAGCUGUUUGUCGCGCGGCCGCUGUCACAUCCGUGAGACGCAUGGUGAAACUGGGCCAUGCCAAAGGAGAAAUGACGACCGAUGACAUUCUGGGCGCAAUAUCCCUUUGCAGGAGGAAAUAG